AUGGAGCCGGAGGACCUACCGUGGCCCGGCGAGCUGGAGGAGGAGGAGGAGGAGGUGGAGAACGCGUACCCGGCGGCAACCGAGGAGAUCGGGGAGGCCCGGACCUCUGAAGAGACUGUGAAAGUGGAAGAGAUAGAAUUUGAAGAGGCGGGGCCCGAGGUGGAUUUGGAUUUUAACUGCGAGUCCCAAACGCGGGAAAGCACGGACGAAGAGGAGGACGAGAUGGCUAAGGCCUGGCUGCAGGCGCACCCUGCCCAACCUGGCAGGUCUUUCCCUCCGCCCCCGCCCCCGCGGUACCUGUACGCUCCAGUGGAGCAUCUAAGCGAGACUGAGGUGGUCUCACUGACGUGCCAUGGGUGGCAGCAGUCAUCCUCUCAGGACAAUUCUAGAGCACAGCUGUCCAACUCGGGUGUAGUGUCAUCGGAAACAGCAGUCCAGUGGGGUCCUGGGGAGGAACAGAGAGCAGAAUCUUGGCAUCAUCUUCCUCAAAAAAGGGCCUCUUCCCAAACCUUGGAUACGCCCCAGACUGAGAUUGAUGUGAGAAGAGAAGGAAUGAAAGUAAUAGACUUCCCCUCUCUGGAGAAAAGGGAACUGGCUCAGUCAGAACGUCCAGUCAUGAAACCAAAGCUAAAUCUCUUGUGUUCUCCAUUGCUAGUCAUCCAGGAUAAUUUUGCUACUCCUGAUUUGCCUUUGCUGACAUGUUUGACACAAGAACAGGAAUUUGAGCCUGAUUCUUUGCUCCAACAAAGUGAACUAGAAUUUGCACCUUUGAGAGAGAUUCCUGAUAAAUCGGAAGAUACUGAAUGGCUUUCUCGGCCGUCAGAAGUUAGAGAAGCUUUAUUCCAGGCCACCUCAGAAACAUCUUCAGACUUAGUUAACAGUUGCCUUAGUAUAUCUCAGCAUCCACUUACAGGUAGCACAACUUUUGGGUCUCAGCGCUCUCUUUUCCCAUCUGAACAAGAGAAUAAUGGAGAGAAUGCACCACCUAAUGUUCCUGAUGAACUGAAAGGCCCUAAUGGUUCUGAUCACUAUGAUGCCCUGCUUUCAUAUAUAUCAUGGCAGUCAGAAAAGGGUACUCAGCAACCAGAAGGCAAAUUGGCUGAUAAAGACCAGGUUUCCACUUCAACUUUAUCUGAUGUUAGUGAUGAGAGCAUAACUUGUAGAAGAAUCAAUGACUUUGAUUCGACUUGUUCACAUGCUCAGUAUUGGAAACAGGAAACAUUACAGCAGUCAGAAGCAUGUCUACCGCGUACAGACCAGGCUUCCUUCCCAAGCAAAAUUACUCCUCCUAAUAAAAUGUCAUAUUCUUUCCUGCGAUGCAUGUUGGAAAGAGGAAAAGGGGCUCCCUUGACCUCUGUUAACCAUCUUGAGAAUGUUUGUUUAAGGUCUCCAUCUGAGGAUAAAAUGAGUCCAAAGAUGGAUUCUUUGGAGGGCUUUGAAGGAAAUGAAGAUAAGAAGAAAAAAUUACCUCCAUUUUUUAAGCAAAAGGAGAUUAGAAAUAUUUUGCCAUCACCUCAGGUGCAUGCCAAAUCUCCAGAGUAUAUUGGGAUGGCUGUCGUCCUUGAUAGUCAUGAACAAGUUUCAGAAGCACAUAUACUCUCUAGAGGACUUGAAAUCUCCAAACUAGAGGCUUCUGGUGGCCCCCUUCGAACAGUUAAAGCCAACUUGGAUGAGACAUCAGAACAACCGUAUUUUCAAGAGGAAAGAAACCAAAAGGCAGCUUCUACUUUUGAUGGCCUACAGCAGAAGGCUGAGUCUGGCAUUGUUACUCUGCAUGGUGAUGCUGAGUACUCAAGCCUAUAUAAAACUACCGGUGUACACAGUGAAAGAGUUUCUGAAGUGCAAGGAGAGGUAGACCAUUCUAAUUUGGACAUUAGCCAGCCUUUUCCAUCUCCAUUAUCUUCAUUUGUUCCUCAAGAACCAACCAGUGAGUCAAAAUAUCAUUCCUCCAAUCUCAGAAUGUUGAGGGUAUCUCUUGACACUCAACCAACAGCUCUUACACGGUCAACAGGAGACACUUCUAAAGGAGGCAAAGUUGCAAUUACUCAAUCCAAGUUGAAACCAGAUAUCACUAACACUCUUGGAGAUUCAGACAUUGGAACACACUCACCUUUGUCCCUUGAGGAUUUAUCUCAGUUUGCUGUUGUACCUGAAGGCCGUCUAUCUGAAGAGGCUCCCCAAACUUCAGCUCAUUUUGGAUUAGUUACCCCAAGUAUUGGGAAAUCACCUGCAAUCCCUGCUUCACAAAGAGAGAAGCCUGGCAUUUUCUAUCAACAAGCCCUAACAGGUGGUCAUUUACCUGAAGACAUUAUGAAAACUACAGCUGCUCCAAGGCCUACUGACCAGAAGUUUGAUAGUCCAGCUCCACUCCCUACUUCCUACAUAUAUGAAGGACCUAAUGUUUUCUACCAACAAAUGCCAAAGAGUCAUUUAAGUGAAGAGACUGUGCGAGGUUCAGCUCUUCCUGGACCACCUACCCAGAAUGUACCACCUUUUCCUUCUCUGUCGCAUGGAGAAAAAUCUCAUACUUUCUAUUACCAGGCUUUGCCAGGAAGUUAUUUGAACCAGCCUUGGAAAGUUUCUGUUGCUCCUGGGCCUGUUGAUCAGAAGACUGGAGCAGCAGUAGGCCCUUCCACAGAUAGGCAUUUUACUGAAGAGACUUGGAAAGUGUUAUCUGCUCCUAGGCCAGCUGGUCAGAAGCCGGAGAUGUCAACGGUACACUCUAGUCCCUACUCAAAGGGAAUAAAACCUGCUAUUUUCUAUCAGUAUCCUCUGUUAGAAAGUUACCCAGGCAAAGAGCCUCUGGAUGGUUCAGCUAUUUCUGGAUCAGCUGAGAAGACUUGGUCCCCAACAGUAACCUCUGCUUCCCAGCCACAUAAAGAGAUAGCUAAAGCUUUCUACCAGCAGACAUUAUCAGACAGUCAUCUAACUGAAGAAGCAUUGCCCAUUUCUGUUACUCCUGGCCGAGGUGACCAGAAAACUCCUUUACUAUCAGAAUUACCUUUUUCCUAUUCUCACAGAGCAAAGAACCUGCCUGAAGGUGUGAAAGUUUCCACUGAGUCUGUAUCUGCUGAUGAGAAGACCGACAUUCCAACAGUGUCUUCUAGUUCCUACCAGCAUACAAAGAAACCUACUGUUCCUUACCACCAAGAGUUGCCAAACAGUCAUGUACUUGCAGGGACUCAGAAAGUUUCAUUUGUAUCUGGACCAGUUGACCAGAAGUCUGGAAUUUCUCACCCAUAUGUUGAGAUUCCCUGUGUUUUCUAUCAGCAGGAGUUGCCAGAUAGUCAUUCAACAGAAAAAUCUACAAAAACAUUGAUCCUGACGCCAGCUGUACAGAAGACUGAUCUGUCAACAGUAUCCCCUACUUCUCCAUCAAUUGGAGAAAAGCCUAUUUUGCUCUACCAGCCAACCCCUCCAGAUAGUCAGCUCUCUGGAAUAUCAACUAUAACCUCUGCCUCCUACUCAUAUCAAGAGAGGCUCAAUAUCUCUCAUCAGCAGAAGUUUCCGGACAGCUACCUAACUGAAGAGGCCCGGAAAGUCUUGGGUACCACUGGAUCAGUAGACCAGAAGACAGGGACCCCAACAAUGUCAUUGCCCUCUAUUUAUUCACAAAAAGAGGGGCUUGGUAUUUUCUAUCAACCAGCCCUGGCAGGUUCUCUAUAUAGAGAGACUCUACAAACUUCAGCUACUACAGCUACUACUAGUACAGUUGACCAAAGCAUUGUUAUGCCAACUGUAACCUGUACUUCCUUCUUACAAAGAGAGAAGCCUCAGAUUUUCUACCAGCAGGCUCCGUCAGGUGGUCAUUUGCCUGGAGAGUCUCUGAAGGUUUCACCUGCUCCUGGACCACCUGACCAGAACACUAGGGCACCAGCAGUCACUCCCAGUUCUUACUUCCCUGGAGAGGAGUCCAUUAUUUUUUACCAGCCUGGCUUGUCAGGUAACCCUCUGUCUGCAGAGUGUUUCAAAGUUCCAGGGAUUUCUGGAUUAACUGAACAGAAGACUAGCACACCAGCAGGACCAUCAGGUUCCUAUCCAGUUAGAGAGAAAUCCAUUAUUUUCUGCCAACAGACCUUGCCAGAUGGUCACUUUCCUAAAGAAGCUUUGGAUGUUUUACCUUCUUCUGGGCCAGCUGACCAGAAGGCUGGGCUACCUUUUAUCACCUCUUCUUCAUACUCAGAUCUAGAGAAUACCACUGUUUCUUACCACCAAGAGUUGCCAGAUAGGCCUCUAACUGAAAAUGCUGGCAAAGUUUCAGUUGUUCCUGGACCAACUGACCAGAAGACUGGGAUAUCAACAGUGCCUUCUACUUCCCAGCAAGAGUUUCCAGAUCUUAGUGAAAAAGCUUUGGAAGUUUUAGGUGGUACUGAAGCUAUUGAACAGAAACCUGAAAUACAAGUAGUGCCCUCUACUCCCUUAUACAGAGAGACGCCUAGUGUUUCUUAUCAGCAGGAGUUGCCAGAUCUUACUGAAGAAGCUUUGCAAAUUUUAGCUGAUUCUGGAGUAGUGCCUUCUAGCCCUAACUCAAAGGAUGCAACGCCCCUCAUCUCUUACCAGCAAGAGUCACCAGAUCUUACUAAAAUACCUUUGAAAGCAGUAGGACCUGACUCUACUGAUCAGAAGACUCGGGCACAAAUAGUUUCCUUCUCAAGUAGAGAGAAGCUCAGUGAUUUUCAUCAACAGGAAUUGCCAAAUACUGGUGAGGAUGCUUUAGGUGGUUUUGCUCAUCCUGGACAAAUGAAACAGAAGGUUGGGAAAACAACAGAACCUUUAAAUUUAAAACAGAGAGAGGCCAGUGUUUUCUCUUCACAGGAGUUGCCAGUCAGUCAUCUCACAGAAGAGGGCCUAAAAGUGUCAGCUGGUUCUACACUUACAGCACAGACACCUGGGAAUCCAACAGGGCCUUCUAGUUCCUACUUACAUAAAGAAAAGUUGAGUGAUUUUUAUCAAAAAGCCUCACCAGAUCAUGUUCUAACUGAAAAAUCUCUGAAGGCUUCAACUGUUCCUGGACUAUCUGGCCAGAAUAGGACACCCACAGUCUCAUCUGGCUUCUGCUCACAUAAGGAGAAACAUAAGAUUUCAGCUGCAGAUCUGCUGGAUGACCAGAAGGUUGAGUUGCCAACAGUUACUCAUAGGUCCUACCUACAUAGAGAGAAGCCUGCAGUUUCAUCUGUGAUUGGACCAGAUGAUCAAAGGAGUCCAUUACCAACAGCUUUUCAUGGUUCCUGUCCUCAGAAAGUAAAGCCUGCUAUUUUUGUUCAAAAGCAGUUAACAGAUAGAGAUCAAAGUGAAGAUAUUCCGAAGAUUUCAACUGUCUCAGAACCAACUGUUGUAAGCACAUGUGUACCAGUACCUCUGCCUGGUUCUUAUUCACAUAGAGAGAAAUUGGAUACAUCCUGUGGAUACCCCCAGGAACUGCCAGACAGACAUCUAACUGAAGAUGCUCUGAAGGUUUCAAGUUGUCUUGGUCAAGCUGACCAGAUUUCUGAUUUACCUACAGUUUCUCCUGGUACUUAUUCACACAGUGAAAAGCACCAACUUGUCUCAGAACAUGCCCAAAAGCUGAUAGAUAAUUUGAAUUCUCCUGAGUCUUGUUCUCUCAUUGCAAACAGUAUGCCUUUUAAUUCUCAGGUUGAUGAUGGAGUUAUCAUAUGUAAACCAGAAUCUUCAGGUUUUGGUGAUGUUGGCUGUGAGGAAAUCCGGGAUAUAGAUCAUGGUUCUAAAACUCUUAAAGAAAUUCAGACUCUUUUAAUGGAGGCAGAAAAUAUAGCACUGAAGCGAUGCAAUUUCCCUGCUCCUUUGGUUCCUUUCAGAGAUGUUAACGAUGUUUCAUUUAUACAGUCAAAGAAGGUGGUUUGCUUCAGAGAACCCUCCACAACUGAUGUUUGUACCCAGAGGGAGCCAUUUAUAGAGGAGAUCCCUCACAUUGAGUGUGUACAGAAGGACAUUGGCACACAGACAAAUUUCAGGUGCCAGAGGGGUGCUGAAAAUUGGCAGUUUAUUCGUUCAACUACGAUUAGAAGUCCUCUACAGGAAGCAGAAGGCACGAGAGUGGCAUUUGAUGGAACUUUCAGGCAGGUGGGAGCUUCCAGGUCUGUAAUGAGGUCUGAACCUGAAGGCUGCAGUACAGGCUUUGGGAAUAAAAUUAUUAUCCCUAUGAUGACAUUUGUAAAGAGUGACUCGAACAGUGAUGUAAGUGAUGGCUGCUGCUCAUGGGACAGUAAUUUACCCGAGUCUUUCGAGUCUGUUUCUGAUGUUUUUCUAAACUUCUUUCCAUAUACUUCACCCAAGACAAGCAUAACAGAUAGCCGCGAAGAGGAGGGAUUGUCAGAGAGUGAGGAUGGCUGUGGUAGUGUAGAUUCACUGGCUGCACAUGUGAAGUACCUUCUGCAGUGUGAAUCCUCAUUGAAUCAAGCCAAACAGAUACUUAAAAAGGCAGAGGAAGAGGAGUGUCGGGUCCGAGCCCAAGCCUGGAAUCUAAAGUUUAAUUUAGGACAUGACUAUGGAUACUCCAUUUCAGAAUUAAAUGAAGAUGACAGGAGGAAAGUAGAAGAGAUCAAGGCGAAGUUGUUUGGUCAUGGAAGAGCAGCUCACAUGUCUGAGGGUUUGCAGAGUCCACGGGGAAUAGGAUGUGUGCCCGAAGCUGUAUGCAGUCACAUUGUUAUUGAGAGUCAUGAAAAAGGAUGUUUUAGAACUCUUACUGCUGAGCGACCACAACCAGACAGCCGCCAUGGUGUUUUCCGACCUGUUGAACCUUCAGAUUUGAUUAGAGGACAACGGAGCCCAUCAUCAAGGAGAGGCAGGCACAUCAACCUUUCCAGAUCGAUAGAUCAGAGCAAUACCCGUUUCAAAGUUUGGAAUUCCUUUCAGUUACAGAGUCAUCCCCCAGUUCAAAAACUUGCACCUGAUGACAUCAAAAUUAGCAAGGGUGUUGGAAUGCCAUUCCAUGCAAACAUGGACCCUCAGCCAUUGGGAUUAGUAGAGCCUACUUGUGUGCCAGCUAAAGAAAUGGAUUUUCUUUCCUCAUCACAAACACUGCCCCCUGAGCCCACGGAGCAGUGCUCUACCUCCCUCACUUUUUCUUCUCACCAACACUCUAAGUACAUUUCUGAUUCCUCUGUUUUUAAGGUUGGUGUUACUGAAGGUAGCCAGUAUACUGGACCCUCUUUAGGAGUGUUUAAGUCUCAUAUCUCUGAAGAACAGAUUUCUCUUAGAGAUCGUAAACAGAAAACCUCUUCCCCUUCAUCACUUAAAAGGCAUAGUCAUUCACCAGUGACGGUUUUAGCGGAAGGUAGUAAGCAAAGGCAAAAAUUACCUCUUGAUUUUCAGCAUUCUCAUCAAAAACAAAAACUCUUAGAAAGAUCAGAGUUUAAAGCCAGACCUUCUGAACCCAGUGUCAGUCCAAAUUAUAGCACUUUCAAGGGAAUUCAGUUUUCUGGUAAGGAUACCAUUUUUAACCCAGAUGAACUAAAUACUACACCCGAUGUAAAAGAGAAGAACGUAACUGUAGAUCCUGGUCUACCUUCUUGCAUUUUCCUUGAACAACGAGAGCUCUUUGAACAAAGCCACACUCCACAUACAGAUCACCAGAUGAGGAAAUACUCUUCUCCAUUUUGUCCAGACAUUGCUUCUUGCAUUUUUCUUGAAAAGAGAGAACUCUUUGAGCAAAGCCAAGCCCCACAUGUAGAUCGUGAAAACAGAGAAGACCAUUCUUUCUUUGCUAAGUGCCAGGAUUAUAUAAUUGCAGAUCUUCCUUCUCCCGAUUUUCUUGAUGAGCAGGAAUGCAAAUCCCCAGCUGUAGAUCACCACAUGAGAAAACAGCAGUUUCCUCUUUCUCAAGGUCAGGAUUGGGUAGGAGAAAAGACUCAGCAUAUACCCCAGUCACAGUUUACUAAUACGAUAAAUGUUGAAGCCAAGGUCAGUAAUUUGAUCUCCCAGUCAGCCCCUGACCACUGUACAUCUGCAUCUAUUCCACCUCCAAAUAGGAAAGCACUUUCAUGUCUUCAUAUAACUCUUUGUCCCAAGACUUCUUCCAAGUUUGAUAGUGGAACCUUAGAUGAAAGGUUUCAUUCAUUGGAUCCUGCUUCUAAAACAAAAAUUAAUAGUGUGUUUGACUUUGAUCUUCGAACUGUAUCUUCUAGGUCAUUGGAACCAACCUCCAAAUUACUGACCUGUAAACCUGUAGCACAGGAUCAAGAAUCUUUAGGUUUUCUAGGACAUAACUCUCCACUGGACUUGCAAGUUGCACAGUCUUCUCUUCCAGAUAGUGAGACUAUUUCUCAGGACUUGAAAACCAAACCUACUCAGAAUAGCCAGAUAGUAACGUCAAGGCAAACACAAGUGAACAUUUCAGAUUUGGAAGGAUAUUCCAAACCAGAGGGGACUCCAGUAUCUGCAGAUGGUUUACAAGAACAGAGUAAGGCUCCCUUUCCUACAUCCUCUGGGAAGUUAUCAUCUGAUGCAGUCACUCAAAUAACAACAGAAAGUCCAGAAAAGACCACGUUUUCUUCUGAAAUUUUUAUUAAUGUUGAUGAUUAUGGACAGGAAGCUUUGGGCUCCACGGGUCAAAAGCCACCCAAGUUUGCCUCAUCAUCUCUGAUGCAAGAAAUCACAUCUUCUCCUGGCAAAGACACCCAGCCUGUACUGUUGCCAUAUAAGCCAUCAGGAAGUUCAACGAUGUACUAUGUUCCACAAUUAAAAACAUUAUCUUCAGAUCUGGAUUCCAAAUCAGAUACCACUGUUGAGAGCUCACAUUCAGGAUCCAAUGAUGCUAUUGCCCCAGACUUUCCACCUCAAGUGCUAGGCACAAGAGAUGAUGACCUUUCCGCCACUGUGAACAUUAAGCAUACAGAAGGGAUCUAUAGUAAGAGGGCCGCAACAAAGGGGCCCCCUCAGAAAGAUAAUGCAGAGGCCCCAGUUCAAGUGCCCGUCAUUGGGGAUCAGAAUGUCUCAGACGAAAAACAGAAAGAAACCAUCAGUAGACCGGUUGUGACCAAGAUGGCAUGGCCUGAAGAAAGAAGUUCCUUGCAGGACACUGCAGGUUCCAGUGAUACCAUUGUACGAGACAGAAAAGCUGAAAACCUCUCCAAUACUAAAUCCAUCAUACAGAAGGAGGAGAUCCAUGUUAAAAGGACCAUCCCUCAGGAACUCUGCCCAGAGAAAGAAGGAUCCUUAGAGAUAGAUAUUUCAGAGUCCGAAUGCCGUUCUGCAUUUGAAAACACCACACGCUCUGUCUUCAGGUCAGCCAAGUUUUAUUUCCAUCAUCCUGUGCACCUGCCCCACGAGCAAGAUUUCUGCCCCGAGUCUUUGGGAAGGAGUGUUUUCAUGCAGCAUUCUUGGAAGGAUUUCUUUCACCAUCAUUCAGAGCACAGCUGCCUUCCUCCCCCUGGCACAAGUGCAGACAAGACCAAGAUGGAUUACACCAGAAUUAAGAGCCUCAGCAUCAAUUUGAAUUUGGGAGACAAUGAGAAGACGAAUACUGUGAAGAACCAGCCCAGAGACCCAAAAGGCAAAAGACAGACAAAUGACCCAAAAAAGGAUCAGAAGGUCAUCCCAGAGCUAGCAGCACAGUGUGCUGUGAGUUUGAAUGAACUCUGGAAUAAGUACCAGGAGCGACAGAAGCAGCAGAAACCGCCUGGUAGUUGUGAAAAGAAAGAACUGUCUUUGGUGGAACGACUUGAUCGUUUGGCUAAACUGCUUCAGAAUCCCGUCACACAUUCCCUCCAGGCCUCAGAAAGUACCCAAGAUGAUAGCAGAGGGGGCCGAGGUGUGAGGGGUUGGACUGGGAGGAGGCGGCGUCAGCACAAAGGCAAGCUGCAGAGGAAGCAGUGUAAGAGCCUAGAGAGGGGUCACAGUGGGAAAUCCAAUCAGAUUAAAAUUGAGCAGGUUAAAUUAGAUAAAUACAUCCUGAGAAAGCGACCGGAUUUUAAUUAUGUCAGCAAUACCUCCUCAGAUUCUAGACCCUCAGACGAAAGUGAGCUGCUCACAGAUAGUCCCAACAUUUUUUCCAGCACUACUUCUCCUCUGGACUCAGAUGUAUGGACUCAAACUGACAGGGAUGUGACUUUAAAUGACAGGAGUAGCUCCAUAUCCACCAUUGACACAGCCCGGCUGAUCCAAGCUUUUGGCCAUGAAAAACUGUGUUUGUCACCCAGGCGAAUUAAAUUAUACAGCCGUGCCACUAAUCAACAGAGGAGAUUUCUGGAGAAGCAGUAUAAGCACAGCAAGAAGGCACUGAGCACAGGCUAUCCCCAAAUGACUUCUGAGUACUCCAGAAGGAGGCACAUCCAGGUGGCAAACCAGAUCUCCUCUGACUCCGGUUCAUCUGCUGGUAGUUUCUUGAGCUUGGCCUCUACUCUUUACGACGAGGAAAGUGUGCAUACGUUGAACAAGGGUGUACAAGCUGGUAACUUGGAGAUUGUGACCGGUGUCAAAAAAUACACUCGUGAUGUUGGAGUGACUUUCCCAACUCCCAGUCCUAGUGAAGCCAGAUUGGAAGAGGACAGUGAUGUGACUUCUUGGUCAGAAGAAAAAGCCAAAGAGAAAAAGUUCCUUACCAGUUAUCUGCGGGACAAAAACUUAAGGAAGAACAAGCCAAAUUCCUAUGAAGGUGUCUCAUGGUUUGUUCCUGUGGAGAAUAGAAAGUCUGGAUCUAAGAAGGAAAACUUGCCGAAGAUUUAUGGCCCUGGUAUCUCCUGGUUUGAACCAGUAACCAAAACUAAACCCUGGAGAGAGCCCCUGAGGGAACAAAACUGGCAGGAGCAGUGCAUGAACAGUCGUGGGUCCCUGGGAGCCCCAGGUGGAGAUGGUGGCCGGGCUCCUCUCAGGCCAUUUGUGAGAGCAACCCUGCAGGAAUCUCUUGAGCUUCACAGACCUGAUUUCAUCUCCCGUUCUGGGGAGCGGAUAAAGCGCCUGAAGCUACUAGUCCAGGAGAGGAAGCUACAGAACUUGUUCCAGAGUGAGCGGGAGGCUCUGUUCAAUGCGGUGCCGCCCCUGCCUAGGAGAGCCCUCCUGACUGCCCAGAAGAACAAGACUAUUGGAAAGAAGGAAAUGAUGCAGAGGACCAAACGGAUUUAUGAGCAGCUUCCAGAAGUGAAGAAGAAGAGAGAAGAGGAGAAGAGGAAAUCAGAAUAUAAAUCCUACCGACUGCGAGCUCAGCACUUUAAAACGAAAGUGACCAACCAACUCCUGGGGAGAAAAGUGCCUUGGGACUGACUUUCCUCAGAGCCUAGGAAUACUUUUUAUAAGCCUAAAGAAGCCUAAUUUAUUCUUUAAUGAGUGAUUUAAUAAAGCUUUCUCUUUGUC